AAGAUUGAAACAGCAAUUAAAAUGUGAAAUAUGGGAGUAUUAGUGAGUGAUUGACAUUUCCUUUCGGUAAUGCGCAAAACCGUGAGUUUCAAUUCUAACCAAUAAAAUUCCUUCGCUUUUGCUUCCUUUCUCGAUCUCCGACCCCUAGACGGCACUCUCUCCCUCUCUCUAUUCUAACACACACACUUGCACACAUGCUCUCACACAGGAUUUUAGAGAGAGAAACACAGACCAUAGAUAUGUUAAAAAACCGUCUUCAUUCACUUCUCUCUAAUAUCUACAUUUCUCUCUCUCUCUCCUUCAAAACCCCUAACUGACUCACUCACUGAUUCACUCACAAACGCCAAUGCCGCCGUCGCUGCAUCCCUCUGCCGACCUCCGCCGCGUAGACCGUCGGAUUUGGCGCGCUUGCGCUGGUUCAUCUGUUCAAAUCCCUACUAUCAAUUCUAGGGUUUAUUAUUUCCCUCAAGGUCACCUCGAACAAUCCUCUAACUCUUCCUCUAUUGUUUCUUCUUGUAUUUUAUCAUCCAUCGCUCUGUCUAAACCCGUAAUUCCUUGCCAAAUCUCCGCCGUUCAAUUUCUCGCCGAUCCUGUUACCGAUGAGGUUUAUACGAAACUCCUUCUCUUUCCUAUUGAUUCAUUUAAUCCUUCUGUUCCCGUUCUAGAACAUUCUGGAAAUCUAGAACAGCAUCAUGGUUAUGAUUAUGAUGAUGAUGAGGAUAAGAUUGUGGCCUUUGCAAAGAUUUUAACGCCGUCAGAUGCGAAUAACGGCGGCGGUUUUUCUGUCCCGAGGUUUUGCGCUGAUUCGAUCUUCCCGCCGUUGAAUUACCAUGCCGAACCGCCUGUACAAACCCUAACAGUCACUGAUAUUCAUGGCAUUACUUGGGAUUUUAGGCAUAUUUAUAGAGGGACGCCACGGAGACAUUUGUUAACUACUGGAUGGAGCAAGUUUGUCAACCAUAAGAAGUUAAUUGCUGGUGACUCUGUGGUUUUUAUGAGGAACAUGACGGGAAAAAUGUUUAUUGGAGUUAGAAGAGCUGUGAGGCCUAACAAUGGUGGUAGUGAUUGCGCCAGGUGGCGUGAGCAGAUUGCUUGUUUUGGAGGAGGUGGAGGAGAUGUGAAAAUGAAGGUGAAGGAGGAGGGCUAUUCGAGGAAUGGGAGAGGAAAAGUUUCACCAGAGGCUGUUAUGGAGGCAGUGGAGAGGGCAGCGCAGGGAUUUUCGUUUGAAGUUGUGUAUUAUCCAAGAGCAGGGUGGUAUUCAGAUUUCGUUGUGAGGACUGAUGUCGUGGACGGUGCACUUGCUGUGUGUUGGUCCGCUGGAAUGAGAGUUAAGAUGGCAAUGGAGACUGAGGAUUCUUCUAGAAUGACUUGGUUUCAGGGAACAAUUGCUUCUGCUUCUUUGCCUGAUUGUGGGCUGUGGCGUGGCUCUCCUUGGCGAAUGCUUCAGGUUGCGUGGGAUGAACCUGAAGUUUUGCAGAAUGCCAAGAGAGUGAGCCCUUGGCAGGUUGAAUAUGUUUCACCCUCGCCACCACUUCAUGGUGCUUUCCCUCCAGCAAAAAAAUUCAGAUUUCCUGAGAAUUCUGGGUUUCUGACAGAUGGAGAGGGAGAACUAUUCUUUCCCAUGUCAGGACUAACUAAUUCAACAAUGGGGAACAUAAACCAGUCGUUGAAUUAUCACUCUUUUCCUGCUGGCAUGCAGGGAGCCAGGCAAAAUCCUUUUUCUGUUUAUGGUUUAUCCAACUUCUUUAGUGAGGAUACUUCUCAUUUGUGCAGCAAUAAUGUCUUUGGCAACAAGAUGGUGCCAAAGUUGAAAACCGUGUCUACUGAGCUGAACAUUGGUAGUUCACCGUCUGAAAACUUAUCACCAGAUAGUCAGAGUAGUAUUCAUUCUUGUGAUACUGAACUUGUUGGUAACCCAGGCUGCAACUCAACUAAAGCUGGUAUUAGCUCAUUUCAGUUAUUUGGUAAGAUCAUUCACAUGAGCCAGCCUGUUGAAAGUGGUUUUGAGGAUGCUGGCUACGUGGAAGAUUAUGUAAGUAAAAGGUACAAUGAAGACAAUCCACUGGACCUUGCAUUAACAUCCUCUUACACAGAGCUUCUCAGCAGGAUUGAUGUUCAAUGUCAAAGAGCCUCUGCUGUUGAAGCUUGCUCUUUAUGAACUAGUAGUUUGCAGUGUCUUGCAUUUAAGUAGCAGUACAGGAUGGUAGGAGAAUGUGCUGAUGCCCUUAAGAGUGAAGGAACGAUAUGUAUUCCCCCAAAAUACGUGGUUUUAGGUUUGUUCUGUUCAAGUUCUUUUAAGGCUGCUUGAUUUUAUAGCAGACUAGCCGCCGGCAUACUGUUUAUAGAUGUUCAAAAGUCAAAACCUAUUGAUUGCUGAUUUAUAUUUUGUUCCUUUUGGUCGAUAUCAGGCCGCAAGAGUUCCAUAUUCUCAUCGAUGUGAUUCGUUAAUGGCAUAGUUUUUUACGGAAGUUUUUUGUUUAAUUUAUUAUUAUGUUUUUUUUU